AUGGGAUAUAUGGACUUGGCGUUGUCAUAUUCGAAUCAGAUGCGUAUUGUCGAAGCCCCAGCAAGUGGAGGCGGUCUCAGCCAGAAUGGAAAAUUCAGCUAUGGAUAUGCAAGCUCAGCUGGGAAAAGGUCAUCUAUGGAAGAUUUUUUUGAGACGAGGAUUGACGGUAUAGAUGGAGAAAUCGUUGGUCUAUUUGGAGUCUUUGAUGGGCAUGGUGGAGCCAGAGCAGCUGAGUAUGUCAAGCGUCAUCUUUUCAGCAAUCUUAUCACUCAUCCUAAGUUCAUAUCUGACACCAAAUCUGCAAUAGCUGAUGCCUAUAAUCAUACAGACUCUGAACUUCUCAAGUCAGAAAAUAGUCACACUAGAGACGCUGGUUCAACUGCGUCUACUGCUAUUCUCGUUGGUGAUCGUUUACUUGUUGCAAAUGUUGGCGAUUCCAGAGCUGUUAUUUGUAGAGGCGGAAAUGCAUUUGCUGUGUCAAGAGACCAUAAACCUGACCAAAGUGACGAGCGUGAAAGGAUUGAGAAUGCUGGUGGUUUUGUGAUGUGGGCAGGGACUUGGAGAGUUGGAGGAGUUCUUGCAGUUUCUCGCGCAUUUGGUGAUCGACUUCUGAAACAGUAUGUUGUUGCUGAUCCAGAGAUUCAGGAAGAAAAGAUUGACGAUUCUCUCGAGUUUCUGAUCCUGGCUAGUGAUGGACUUUGGGAUGUUUUCUCCAACGAGGAAGCUGUUGCAGUGGUGAAAGAGGUCGAGGAUCCAGAGGAAUCGACCAAGAAACUUGUGGGAGAAGCAAUAAGGAGAGGAAGUGCAGACAAUAUCACAUGUGUAGUCGUUCGUUUUCUGGAGAGCAAGACUGCUAAUACCAAAGCUUACUCCCAGAUAUCCUCAGCCCAUACCAGCUCAUCUCAGGAAGCAAAUCAAGCGCAAACCGCGGUUAGAAACGACUUGGACCACAAGAUCUCUGCCAGAGAAACCAAUCAAGAGCGUAAGGCAGUACACAGUGACUUGGACCGCAAAGCUGAGAACGAAAGCGUGAACCAAAAGCCGGUCACAGCUAGAAGCGGCGACUUAGGCCACGUCAGCUCAAAACAAAAGCCAGUUCCGGUUACAGAAACAGAACACAAUGUUUCUUCAGAAGAGAUUGGCUCAGCAGGAGAAAAGGAUAAAAUGCCAGCCAGAUCAGAGCCUAAGAAAUUAGCCAAGAACCCUGGUCAAGAGCAGACCACAGUACACAACCAGAAGCAGUCGAUUGCAGCAACAAAGACCACUUCCUCGGAACAGAGAGGAUCAGUGAGUGAAAAGAAUCGAAAGCCAAUCGCAGUUCAUAGCGACUCCGCCACAAGCAAGGCCAGUAGCGUUCACUCAAUCUCUAACUAAAAUUCCUGCUGACUUCAGAAUGAUCUUUUGAAAAAUGGAUGUCUCGUCUUCAUUUGCUUUGAAAAUAUUAGUGUCACGAGAUUUUUGCCUCGAUUCAUUUGUGUCGUUGAUUAAGGUUUUAAUUCCAAUAAUGUAAAUUUUCUUCUUUCUUUUUUUUUUGCCGUGUACUGUACAUUACAUUUU